UGGUGAUAGUGGUCAUGUGGCUUCUUACAUGCAAAUGGCUGAUGACUAUGAGGUACUAGAGCUUCAGUUUAGACCUGAUCUCCUUGAACCAGCAGCUCAUCUUCUCAAUGAACAGUGGCCUAGAAGCUUAGAGGCAAGGAAGCACUCCAUUUCUGAUAGCAAGACUGACCUACCUGUAUCUCUCCUACUAAUAACAAAAGACAAGGAGAGAGUGAUUGGAUUUGUUAGGAUAUUCAAAGUUGCCAAUAGAAGUAAUGCUGGACUUAUUGAAUCACUCGUCAUCUCACCUGACAUGAGAAGGUGUGGCUUUGGACGUCGCCUAAUGGAAGCAGCUGAAGCACAUGUAAAGAGACUAGGGUAUACUACCAUGCAUCUGUCAACUAAUGAUCAGCAUAUCUUUUAUAAACGGAUUGGAUACAUUGAGAGCACAUCAGUUAAUGCUGUAAGGAAAUGCACAGCUAUACAUCAAACUAGUGAUGAUGAAGAUGAUUCUUCAUGUAAUGAAGCAAUAGAUGAGCCUCUUCCUGAACCCUCUCCUAAUGUUAAUGACUCUACUGAUACUCCAAUAGCCACUUCCCUUCCUCCUCCUCCUCCUCCUCCUCCUCCUCCUCCUUUAUUGGUUCCUAAAAUUGAUGAUACUGUCACUAAGUGGUAUAUUAAACACUUAUAAUAAACGUUAUUUUUUAUAAUUUCAGUCUAUUUACUGUGUCCAUGUUUUUGAAUCUUAUCAAUACUAAUGUUCCCAAUUGUCAUAAAA